AUGGCGCCUUACAAUAUUGCGUUCUUUUCUGUGGUCACGGCGUUGCUGUCCACCACAGCAGCAGGCCAGCGCAUCAGCACCGGCUUUGGGGGGUCCGGGAUAAGGGGCGGCGGAUUCGGCAGCGGCUUUGGCAGCGGCCUGGGCGGCGGCCUGGGCCAGGCUGAUCCCCGGCUGCGGGUCCUUCAACCCAUCCCCAAGGCUGCGUUCAGCGGCACCGGCACCAUUCAGGUGUCUGACCGCCGGAGUAGCACGGGCAGCCUCACUGACCGAAGGAGCAGCAGCAGCAGCAGCGGCAGCAGCAGCGGCAGCGCCGGCAGCACCGCGAGCGGCGUUCUCAGGCGGGGCACUUCAACAAGUUCGGUCACCACGGGGGUGCUUGUGAGCGGCGGCCGCACCCAGCCAAAGCAGCAGCAGGGGCAGCUGAGCAGCACCACCAGCGCAGCCGGCCGCGGCGGCGGCGGCGGUGUUGGCACGAUCGUGCUGCGCUCCCCGGCAGCGGCGCCCAAAACGACGUUCACGACCGGCGUCUUGACUGUCUCCAACAAGGCCCAGGCCAACCAAAAGCAGAACCAGCAGGCGUGGAAGGCCGGCCAGAGCAAGCAGCAGGCGCAGCAGACGCGGGCGGCCGUCGCGCAGCGGCUGGCUCGAAUCGGCGCCUACGGCGCCGUCGGGGCCGGGCUGCUGCAGGCAGCAGCGGCGCAGCUGCGCAGCAACUAUGCCAGCGGCGCCGCCGCACCCAACGGAUGGCUGCCCGGAGCGGGCGCGCCGGCAGGCGAUGAGCCCGCACCGGGGCCAGAGACCGAGCCGGCGCCGGGGCCAGAGCCCGAGCCGGCGCCGGAGCCCGAGCGCGAGCCCGAGCCGGUGGGGCCAGAGCCCGAGCCGGCGCCCGAGCCCGAGCCCGAGCCAGCAACAGAGCCCGAGCCCGAGCCCGAGGCCGCACCUGAGCCCGAGCCAGCCGGCGCCCGCGGCUAA